AUGAAAUUGUGGUUCAUCAUUCUAAGCAUUUAUUUUUACAUUAUAAGUCAAGCAACUAUCGAUGGACGUACAACUCAACUAAGAAAAGCUUAUUGGUUCUAUCCAAAUAAUGGCUACAAUCCGGGUGAUUUAUUUCAUCAAAAUUUCGAACGAAAACGACAAGCUGGUUGGGGUAGACGUCGUUAUUUAACAGCAGAAGAUGACAAUGACGAUAUUCUACUUCGUCGUAUAUAUGGUCCACAUGACGAUUCAGCUUAUAAUUGGUUUAAUGAUAAAUGA